AUGAAGACUCAGAAGUCGUCCCAGGGCCGAACACCAGCCACACCCUCCAAUCAGCGCCUGCCCCGCUUCAGUCUACGCUCUCGAAAAAAGAAGGAAGGGGUGAUCAAGGGAAAGCUACGUAUCCGCUCCAUGCCUGGCGCUUUUUUAGUGUUGGGUGUCUUCGUGGUUAUCGUUGGCACAGCGCUGGCGGUGGCUGGGUACUGGCCAUAUCGGGCUCACCGCUCAGCAAUGCUGGGACAGAAAUCUGUGGAGGAGGGGUUGUCAGGUGCUCAGGGGUCUGGAUGGGGUCUAGGGGCCAAAGGUCUCUUCUCCACUGCCAACCUGAUCCACAGUGAGCGAAUGAAGCUCUUGGGACCCGUCAUUAUGGGUGUGGGACUCUUCAUUCUCAUUUGCGCUAACACGGUGCUGUAUGAGAACCGGGACCGCGAGACGCAGAUGUUACUGGCCCAGAUGCGCAGCGUCAUUUGCUCCGUGUCGGCAGCUGUGCCCUCGGCGGACCUCACCCGGAUCAACACGAUGAGCAGGCAGUACCAGUGGGUGAGCAGCUUACCUGCUGCUCACCUCAACAUCCUUUGCCUGCAGGAACUUGCCAGCUCAGAGCCUGUGCUCCGUGUGAGGAGCAGUGAGGAGGCUGAGAGCAGGCCGCAGAGAAAUACUCUAAGGACCGAGGUGCUCCAUCACCAGGAGUCUGCUUCAACCCCUUCUGUCCACUCCUCCAACUCUUGCAAUUCCAGUAAGGUGGACUUCAACACCUUCGCAGCCACAGAGCAAAGAGCAGGCUCCACGACAGAGCCGCAGCACGAGACUCUCUUUAAGCUAAGCAACUGCCUGACCACAUCUUCCAUGUCAACCCUGGAGGGAGAGGACUGGGAGGCGGCUGCAGUGCCCCCUCGGAGAUCCCACAGUAUGAGCUACAGGACUAAUCCACGCGCGAUACCAAAGGCUAUUGUGCACCUAGACGAAAGGUUUGCGCAGGCGACUAGUCACCCUACGCCGCUCCUGAGGGAGUCCAGCUCAGAAGUGUGCGUAAACGUGGCAGGACUCGACACUGUGACUCUCAACCUUGGACCCGUCGAGGAGCAGAAGCACCGUAGCUGGCCCCGACUGGACCUUGGAUGUGCCAGGAAGUACCUGAAGCUUGAGAACAAAGAAGACUCUGUGGAUAAGCUAUUGGACCAACUUGAGCAGCAGUGCUCACAGUGGGACAAGAGCUAUGGCUCUGGCCCUUUCCAGUGA